AUGGAUCAAUAUAGUUACUCCUCUUCUUCAUCUUUGUCUUCUUCCUCUGGACAACAACAAUAUGCACAGAAGACAAUCAAAUCAAGCCGACCACUGUACCAUAACUCCCUCCAUUCUGUCCGUAAGUCCCUUCAAAAACCCAUCACCAAGCAUUUUAUCGCCCCAUUGCAACCCACCCCACCUAAAGUUUACGAUGUCGAUGUCUCCAGUUUUAAGGAAGUCGUUCGUGUUCUCACUUGCAGCCCGGAAUUCCAACAACCCUCUCCACGACGUCUAAAAGACAUGGCUCCGCCAGCCCUUAUUAUAUCAACAAUCCCAAAGCCAUCGUUAUUUCCCAAACCAUCACUGCUGCCCCAAUCUGAAGAAGGAGGAGCAUUAAACAAGCUUCCAACUUUCAUAAUGUCGCCGGGUUUCUGCAAAUACUUGAAUGAAACAUUGGAUACAACUCGGUUUAUAUCAGAGUCACCUGAGAUGAUAGAUUGUUUCGGGGGUUUGAGUCAGGCGGGCUUAGAUUUUUCAAUGAUGGCUAGUCCUAAUGAUCUACCCGAGAGUACACUCAUCAGCCCAUUGGAUUUGAGUUUGUCACCAACUUCACUCUCUUGGUGUUCUUCACUUAUUCUGAGCCCUCUAUAG